CUGAGACCACUUCCGCGUUGCUCGCAUAGCAACCACAGGAGAUGGCGGACGGAUAGUCCCCGCGUUCGUUACCGAGUGUUGCUCCCGACACCUGAAGACAGCCGGGAUUAGACACCGCGUCCCCCGGGACGGAGCCGCUCCUCACCCCGCAUGGCGGUCCCGCAGGCCCGGCUGAGCCACCGCCUCCUGGCCGGGCUGGACGUGGCUCUCCGGGUCCCCUGCGUCUUCAUCAUCGACGGCAUCUUUAACUCUUCCUACGACCCCUCCGGCUCGGGCUGGGCCGGCGCGGGAGGCCGGGUCCUACUCCGGGUCCUGGGCGUGCUGGCGGCCUGCGUGGUGCUGCUGCUCUCCCAGAAGGCCCUGUUCAAGUUCUACACUCUCUUCCUGGCGGCGGUGGUGGGCACGGCCGGCGUGCUCAUCAACUACCACGCCACGGCCCAGCGGGACGUCGUGUACGGCGCCUACCACAAGACGGCGCUGGGCUUCAGGCUCCUCCCCCGCAGCGGCCCCACCCUCUGGCUGGGCGUGGCGGCCGUGCAGAUGGCGCUGGGCGUGGGCUACAUCUUCCUGCUGCGGCUGCAGUCGUCGCUGGCGGCGCUGGUGGUGGCGGCGCUGCUGGCCCCGCUGUGGGGGCUGGUGGUGGAGCUGCCGGGGGACGGGCGCCAGCUGCUGGCCCUGGGCUGCGGCGCGCUGCUGGGGCUGCAGCUGGCGGGCUGCCUGGCGCUGCGGCUGCCCUGGCUCUACUACUCGGGCCGCUACGUCUACCUGCUGCUGCGCCACAUGUACCGCAUCUACGGUCUGCAGCUGCUGCUGGAGGACACCUGGAAGAGGGUCCGGCUGCCCCACGUGCUGCGCCUCUUCUGGCUGAGCCGGCUGGCCGCCCAGGCCCUCAUCCUGCUCUACGUGGUGCAGGCCGCCCGCAGGGAGGACGCCGCCCCGCCCGCCGCGCAGGGGGCGGUGCUUAGCGGAGAGGUGCUCUGGGAGGUCCUCAGUAACCUGGUCAUCUCCGGCUGUGACUCCACCCUCACCGUCCUGGGGAUGAGCGCCGUCAUCUCCUCCCUCGCCCACUACCUGGGCCUCUGCAUCCUGAUGUUCAUAGGCUCCACGGAGGAGGAGGAUAAGCGUCUGGGCUUCGUGGCCCCGGUCCUGUUCUUCAUCCUGGCCCUGCAGACCGGACUCAGCAGCCUGGACCCCGACGAGAGACUGGUGCGUCUGAGCAGGAACAUGUGUCUGCUGCUGACGGCCGUGCUGCACUUCAUCCACGGCAUGACGGAGCCGGUGCUGAUGUCGCUGAGCGCCUCGCACACGCCGUCGCUGCGCCGCCACCUGCCCGUGCUGCUGGUCUCCCUCGCCCUCUUCCUGCUUCCUGUGGUGCUCAGCUACUUCCUGUGGAACCAGUACGCCCUCAACACCUGGCUGUUCGCCGUCACGGCCUUCUGUGUGGAGCUCUGCCUCAAGGUAAGGUCAGGGGUUAGGGGUCAAAGGUCACAGCCUUCUGUGUGGAGCUCUGCCUCAAGGUAAGGUCAGGGGUUAGGGGUCAGAGGUCACAGCCUUCUGUGUGGAGCUCUGCCUCAAGGUAAGGUCAGGGGUUAGGGGUCAGAGGUCACAGCCUUCUUUGUGGAGCUCUGCCUCAAGGUAAGGUCAGGGGUUAGGGGUCAGAGGUCACAGCCUUCUGUGUGGAGCUCUGCCUCAAGGUAAGGUCAGGGGUCAGAGGGUCAGAGGUCACAGCCUCCUGUGGAGCUCUGCCUCCGACCCUCCCAAUGCCACCCUGGCUCUGCCUCCAUACACUAUAUUAUCUAUAUUGUCCAUCUAACUAUAUCCUACACCAUGUACUGUACUGUUAUCUGAUCGCCCAAGUGCUCCUGACCGCCAGUCUCAA